AUGGCAGUUGCUUCAUUAGAGGCGAUAUUGGUAAUUUACGUAAUUGGUCAGUAUAUGACCAUUGGCCAAUUGCACAGUUCUGGUCGGCAUUAUUCACGUUCAUUGUGCUCUUCGAUGGAAUGCACAAACUCCAAUCAUGAUCCAGGCUCUGCCGUUUAUGGCAUAACACAGCAAUGUGUGAUAUAUUUCGUCCGACUGCAAAAUAUCCGAUCCGAUUUCGAUCGAAUUCUGCAGAUAAUGAACCAGGCUUCAGGAUCAUUCGACUGUUCGACGGCAGCCGUACAAAUUCGGUCAAAUAAGCCAGAAUUCACGAUUAUCGACACGGCGAAUGAUCGCUUAAUAGAGCCGAGUUGCUACUGGCUGAAUCACAAUGGGAUAUUUUUGUGUAAGAUACGAAUGCUCCCUAAAGAUGUACGACAUAUGAGCGGGCAUCAUUGCUAUCUGCAGACGUACAAGUAUAGUGCUGAUUCGGAUUCAAUACAGUUGAACUGUACACAGAUCAAUCGUAAAUUCAAAUGUGAUAUUAAAUCGGGGCGAUGUAAAGCACAUGCCGCUUUUAAAGGCACUAUCGAUACGAGUUUGUCGACUUGUAUCGAUGAAAAGCAUUCGACGCGUAAAUUCUUGCAACAACCAAGCAACAAUCGUUCUCAGGCAACCUGUUUGUUUGCGUUGAACGUUCACAACUCGAAUUCAAAUGCACAUUUAUUGACCGAUCAAAACUUCACUGACACGAUCAUCAACAACAUUCAGCUACGCAUCCAGCAAUCCAAAAGUGUGCCAUUACUCUACGAUGGUGAUGCUUUGUCGUUGGUUCUUUUCAUGAGACGACGGCAAAUCGAAGAGAAAAGAUUGUGGAAAGGUGCGUCUUCAAAUUCAGCACUAAAAAUCACCAACUUGUUCUAUUUUUGUUUCGUGAUUGCCAUUUAUUUAUGCCUAUUUCACAUUCUGUACGUGUUGUUCGUGAGAUGGAAUCUGAGACUGUAUCGUCGUCAUUAG